CGCGCCUUGCUUCGCCCUCGAGCCGCCUGGGAGAGAUGUCCGCCUCGGCCUCAUAUCCGCUGGCAUCCUCCUCGUCAAGCUCGCUCUUCUCCCUGCUCGACGGGAGCAACAUCCUGGUGCCGGUCCGGUCGAAUGCCUGUUGCACCCUGCUGGAGAGCCAUACCUUGCACAUUCGAACGUCCUUCCAACGGGCGGUCCAGUGCCUGGUCCCGACGGCCCUGCGCAUCCAUGAUGUCUUCGCCCAUGUGGCGGUUUACUUUGCCUCCGAGGGCGAGGAGGACUGGACCUACUCCAAGAUUGCCGGCCCUGCCUUCCUGAUCGAGUGCAAGUCACGCCAGCGCUGUUUGCUGGUCCUCAACCGUCGGGAGAACCACUGUGCGGUAUUUACCUUCCCCCCGGCGCGAGGGUACUCGCCCGUGGCCUUCGCCCGGGCCAAGUCCAAGGCCGUGGUCAAGAAGCCGAUCUUUUCCCAGCUCCAAGUGCACGAGGAGCUGUUUGCCAGCCUGCGUGCCGACUUGCUGGCCCUUCCCCCGCCGCAGCUGGUCCCAUUCGACUAUUCGUCCAUCGGCCAGGCGUCCUCGCACCGGGUGCCCCCACGGCACAGCAACCCCUCCGUGCGGACGGCACGCACCCGCAAAUCCACCUCGCGCAAUUCCCCGGCCGACUUCCUCCCGCCGCUGCUCCAGGCCAAUGACCCCUGUGGUGGCGCCUGCAAGUGUGGCGUGGGGCUCUUCCCGCCGGUGUCUCCGGAGUCCGAGGGCACGGCCGAGGCCGACUCUGGCUCCCCCUCGCCCGGGCCGCAGGCCGGCAUGGUGGCGGGGAUCUGCGCCCGGAAUGGGCCGGUCCUGACCCCGAGUCGCAGCCGGCUGCUCAUGUUUGCCGCCCCGCCGAAGGGGGUCACCUUCAACACCGAGUCCACUGUCGCGGGCACCCCUCGGUCCUUCCCCGAUGCAUAUGCCCUGUGGACCCCCUUCGCGCAUGAUGUCCAUCGACUGCACCUGGCCCUGGCGUGUCUGCACUACGCCACGCCCCUGCAGCCGUACCACGCAUUCUUCUCGUGCCCCAAGCCGUGUGGGCGCUUCCCCCAUGAUGGCACGGUUGAGACCAUCGAGCCGGCCCCCUUUGCCGAUGCGACGGCCUACGACCGGGAGGUGGAGGAGUUCAUCCGCGCGGCCGGGGACUUCCUCUCGUCCGACGAGCUGGAGGCCGCUUGCGCGCAGCGCUCCUUGACCAAGGCCGCGGCGGCGGCCAGCCAGCGCAUGCAAUAUUGGACCAGCCAACUGUCGCCCUUCCUGGCCAGCCACCAGACGGGCCAGGCCCCGGCAUCGCAGGUGACCCCGGCCGCCGGGGUGUCGCCCUCCCCCUCGCAAGGGCAGCUGGUGCAUAUCCCCAGCGUGACGGCGGCCCUGGUGGCGGCACAGCAUCAGGCACAGCGGGCGGCUGCCCGUCGGUCCGGGUCCGGGCCCGGUCCGGGUGACGCUUCGGGCCCCGGCGUGCCGUCCACCGUUCCGCCGGGCGACGAGCCAUCCUCGGAGGAGGCCCUGCUGGAUAUGCCCGGCCGGGUGCCGACCAAGGGCCGUGACGCUGACAGUCGGCUCAUCUCCCCGCGGCAGUCUGUGACAUAUCGGCCGUCCAGCCGGCAUCCCGGUCCUGGAGCCGGCGCCACCGCCGCCGCUGGAGGGGGUUUGCAGCAGCCUCGCAAGCAUGCCAAGCCCAAGAAGAAGAAGCAGACGAAGGACGCCCCGCCCGCUGGAGUUGCGGCCGGGGCCGGAGCCGCGGCCCCCCGGAAGAAGCCCCACAAGUCCGGUGGCCGGCCAUCGUCCGAGUAAAUCGCCCCACUGUGACCUGUGGGGGGAGGGCGUGUGCAUGCUGCUUGUGCGUCUGCCCGCGUCCCCUCGACAUGUGCUCCACAAUAUAGAACGGAUGCGUCGUGUGUGUA